AUGGAGGGCUUGUUUCAAAUCGGGACGGCAGCAAUUUUUCUAUCAUGGAUUGCCUGGAGUUUGUUCUUCGCACCAAGAACAAGGAUCUACCGAGGUAAUUUGCCUCCCUCGCCAGGAUUUGCUCUCCCGAUAAUCGGCCACCUUCACUUACUUGGCAAUUUGCCACACGUCUCCUUCAUCGAACUGGCCAAGCGCUAUGGCCCGUGUCUAAUGCUCAAGCUUGGAUCAUAUCCAAGCCUGCUUAUCUCGUCGCCCGAGUUUGCUCGAGAGGCUCUCAAGGUGAACGACAUCGUCUUCUCAUCGCGGCCCAGCUUGGCGGCCUCCAGGAUCCUGGCAGACAACGCGGCGGGGAUUCUAUGGGCUCCCUACGGCCAGGAGUGGAGAAACUUGCGCAAGCUUUGCUCGCUGGAGCUCCUGACCUCGAGACGAAUCGAGGAAUCGCGGCCGGUGCGAGCGGCCGAGGUUGCGGCAGCGAUGGCGAGAGCAAAGGAGAUUUCCAAGGCGGGGAUUUGCGUGAACUUGACGAGCUUGCUCGAGGAUCUCACUUUCGAUAUCAUGCGAGUGUGGGUCAUGGGAUCGUCGGAGAGCUCCCGAUCCUCGGCCGGGGUUUACAAGCGAGUGAUGAAAGAAUCCUUCGUUGCUGGCGGGGAAGUUCACGUCGGGGACUACGUACCUUGGCUCUGGUGGCUGGAUCUUGCAAAGGUGGCGCGCAUGAAAAGAGUUCACGGUGAGAUAGACGAUAUCAUCCAGAAAGAGAUCGACGAACACUGCGGCAAGAGAAGUGGCAGCGACGAUUUCAUCACUGCCACCCUUCGAAACAACGAGAUUUGCCGCACGGAUCGCGAUCGCAAGGGACUCAUCACUGAUGUCAUAGGAGGCAGCACUGACACCAGCGCUUUGACGGUGGAGUGGGCGAUGGCGGAGCUCAUCAACAAUCCUCGAUCGCUGGAGCGAGCACAAGACGAGCUCCUCCAAACUUUCGGCAAAAAUUCGCUCGUGGAGGAAGAUCGACUGGAGGAGCUCGAGUUUCUAACCGCGGUGGUCAAGGAAACACUGCGCUUGCAUCCAACGGCGCCCAUCCUCAUCUACGAGACGACGCACGAGUGCCAACUCGAGCGCUACACCAUUCCUCCAAAAACUCGCGUCUUCAUCAACAUCUAUGGGAUCGCCAGGAGCGAGGCGUCGUGGAGCGAUCCCCUGGCUUUCAAACCCGAGAGAUUCCUGGGCAGCGGCGCGAUCGAUGUCCGCGGCCGCGACUUUGAGGUGCUCCCGUUUGGAUCCGGCCGGCGUGGAUGCCCCGGGAUUCAGCUGGGAUUCACGAUGGUGAUGCUCGUCCUCGCGAACUUGCUGCACGGAUUCCACUGGAGCUUACCGCCAGGGCUAUCGCGGCUGGAUAUGAGCGAGGAGAGUGGCCUCACGAUUCCUCGCGCGAUCCCUCUCGAGCUCCUGGCAGUGCCGCGCUUGGAUGCGCGCUCCUAUUCUGUUUGA